AUGGGUACUCGUCAUGUCUUGCUUGUCUCGCCCAGCGAGGGGAGAGGUUCUACAUGUUGGAAGCCAGCUGCUCCCCAACGCAGGGGGAACGUGUCUGGGGAGCUCUUCCAGUUCAAUCCACCGAGCUACACCAUCGUCGAUGCCCCGCCUGGUAGCCCAUGGUCCGGUGGCCGUGAGGCUGCUGCGGCUUCUGCAUCGACAGCAGACCAAGCUGCGCGGCCACAGAGUGCUGGGGAGGCUCAGACCAAGGCAGCUACGUCUUUUCCCAAAUUCACCGAAGGCAUCAUGCCUUCUGCUUGGAACCCUUUUCUGUACAUCAAGACUGCUUUCGCACCUUGA